AUAUAGAGACAAGAGUUGAUCUGACAAUGUUCACAUAAUCUGCAUACCCAUUAAUUACCCAUAAGAGUAAGAAGGCAGGAUGGUUUAAUGAACUCAAUGGUUCCGGGAUACAUGAUCACAAUAUGAUUAAAUGUCCUUGUGAAGCGGAUCCAGAUUGGGCUACUUUAGACAUCACAGCCUUUGAGAGCAAUGAGCAACACUGUGCAGUCAUAGAGAGCAUUAAAGUCCCCCCUGUGGCCAAUGACACCUCAAACCCAGGAAUGAUGUUGUUUGACAAAGCAGUUUGCCAAUUCAUGAGGGAGCAAAACAUCCCUGGUGUCAGCCUGGCUAUUGGCAGAGCUGGUCAACUUAUUUACUGCCAAGUAUACGGGAGUGCAGGUUGGGGUAGAUUGGUGCGCAAAGACAGCAGGUUUAGAAUAGCUAGCAUUAGUAAAGUUCUUACAUCUGUGGCAGUCCUCAGACUUGUCCAGGACAAAGCACUAAGUCUCACAGACAAAGUGUUUGGACCAAAAGGCAUUUUGAAAGAGUAUGGCCCAGUUGUUGGGGGAGACCGUAGAAUUAAUCGCAUUACAGUACACCAUCUUUUACAACACUCUGGAGGAUGGGAUUUUGAUGAGAUUGAGGAUCCAAUGUACUAUCGUCAUGUAGGGGUUGCCAUGGGGACAGAGGAGCCAGUUACCCAAGAUGCACUGAUAAGAUACAUGAUGCAGCAAAGGCUUCAGUUUACUCCAGGUAGUCGCCAUUCCUACUGCAACUUUGGCUAUAUGGUGCUUGGAAGGGUGAUUGAAAGAGUCUCUGGGAAGACUUAUGAGGAACACAUCACUGGACUACUGGCCCCACUCGGGAUAGCGUCAUGUCAAAUAGGUGGCACUAAACGACAACAGACUUCCAUUGAUGAGGUCAACUAUUUCACCUUGAGUCCAGAUCACUACGGAGAGAGUGUCUUCCCCCUUGAGGGCCAGGUCCCCACGCCAUAUGGAGCCUUCCAUCUACCCCAGGGUGCUCCCAAUGGGGGAUGGGUUGCUACAUCAGAAGAUUUAGUCAAGUUAUUUCUGGAGCUGUCAAGAUGUCUGAAUAGGGAGACUAAGGGGGAACUAUUAGGAAGGGAUAUUGCGAGAAUGAUGCUGAAAAGACCCUCAUAUACUAAAGGAACCACAUGGUAUGGUCUUGGCCUGGAAGUAUUUGACAAGGGGUUGUCAUGGCAACAUACAGGAGCCAUGGAUGGGACAGUAUCAGUCGUCACUCAUGACAAAUCUGGCUUCACAUGGGCCAUACUGGCAAACUGUUGGUCAUGCGACACUGACCUAGAUAGCAUGGUGAAGUAUGCCAUGACACGUGUGGAUGCCUGGUGUGAGGGAGUUUUACCUGGAUUUAGCCCACAAUACGGUAAUAUGAAACACUUGGGGGUAACUCUCGAUCAUUGUGUUGUACGUUGCCAAGUACCCAUCAAUCACAUGACUGAUUUGUGUGCUGAAUUCUCCAAUAAGAAGCUCAGCAUUGCCUCUGUGAUGUCAUACAUGUUCAAGGGAUCAGUGUACUGUAACGUAGUUUGGACUACAGGAGAUAAAAAACAGAUUGUGCACUUUGCUUUAAAUCUGUCAGGCCUGAAUCAUGUUCUAGAUAGUCAUAAGGGUACUUACUGCCCAAUGUGGCUGGACUCACAUAUAGAGAGCUCUGGUGUUUGUUAUAGUGUUAUACUAGAGGAGAACCUUAGUGCAUCAGGAUCCAGUUGCUCAGAAAUACCAAGGGGUAGUUUUACUACUGCUUCGGAAAUAUCAGAGCUCCAACAUGCAAAAGGUGAUGCUGGAAAAUCAGGGACUAUUUGUAUGACCAAUAGCACUGAAAUAUCAGUGUCCAGUUCCCGAAAAACUGUAUUCGAUAUAUCUGGACCAGGUUAUUCAAAAAGCAGUUCUGAAAAAUCUGAAUCCAGUUGUUUGAAAAAUAGUUCUGAACACCCUCACUCUGAAUGGACAGUGGUUUGUGGAGUGGUUUCCAAAGAUGAUGCAAAAACUAAAAUCAACAUGUUAGUUGAAAAAGGGUAUACACUAAAUGGACUAUCAGUUAUCAAGCAUAAGGAGCAUACUUAUGAAAUGUUGGCUUGGUUUACUUCUCAGAGACUGGGAAAUCAAGUAGAUGGAUUAAUUGGGAAAAAAUCCAAACAAAACCAUACUGGAAAAAAAUUGCCAAAGAGACAAAAACUUGAACCUUUAAAGCAUAGUUGGUAUGUAUUUGAUGUCACGAAAGAAGAAUACGAGACUGCAUUCAGUAAGCAUGUUCGGUUUGGUCAUACCUUGGUAUAUGCUAAAGGCUAUACAUAUGGUAAUGAUGUCAUGUAUAGUGCUGUGUGGGGGAGGUCUGGCUCUCAUCUGUAUGCAAGCUCUCUGCAUCUUUCCAAAUAUGGAUUAUGGCUUGACAUGGUGGAAUAUUGCCAAUUAGGAUUUAGCCCUGUCUGUAUUAGCUCUUACCAGCAAGAUGACUUUGAACACUUUAUAGCAGUGUGGCAUAAACAUUUGUAAUAAUAGAACACAUGGGUAGCAUUUAUGCCCUGAUUAUACCUUGAUAUAUCAGUCCUUAGUGUAGGAUUUGAUCCUA